UCCCCCAACCGCUCUAACCUCCCCCCAUUCCCCCGCGGCAAAAGCUCCGCCUCUCGACGCUAAAUCCAGCGAAAAAUCGGGCCUUUUCACCCGUUUUUUCCACCGAUUCCUCCUCUCCUGCCGCCAUUAGAGGAGUGUGUCGAGCUUGGAGGGCUCGCCAUGACGAAGCAGAAUGUGGUGGUGCCGGAGGCCAUGGCCAUCACAGUGGCGGCCGUGGCCAACUCGUCGCCGCUCUUCCCCUACCCACCGCCCCUACCGGGUGGUGGCGCCGGAGGCGGAAGCGGGUUUGCGCUCCGAAAGAAGUAUCUCUCCCAGCUAGACCUCGGCGGGAGGAGGACCAAUACGUGGGUUGAGUCCAUGAAGGCCUCCUCCCCCACCCACUCCAAGGCCGUCGCUGCCCUUGCGGCCACACCCUCCGUCGGCGCCCAGGACGAAUACGCCACCUGGAUUAUGCGGCACCCUUCAGCUCUGAAUAAAUUUGAACAGAUCAUUAGCGCUUCUAAAGGGAAGCAGAUUGUGAUGUUUUUGGACUACGAUGGGACUCUCUCUCCCAUCGUUGACGAUCCAGACUCCGCCUUCAUGUCGGACGCGAUGAGAGCUGCUGUGAGGGACGUCGCAAGGUUCUUUCCCACCGCUAUCGUCAGCGGGCGGUGCCGAGACAAGGUGUAUAACUUCGUGAGGCUGGCAGAGUUAUACUACGCUGGUAGCCAUGGCAUGGACAUCAAAGGCCCCGCCAGGGGCCCUAGAUAUAAAAAAGCUAAGGCCAAGGCAGUUCUCUUUCAACCAGCUAGUGAAUUCCUGCCCAUGAUAGAUGAGGUUUAUAAGGCUUUGUUAGAGAAAACUAAAUCCGUCCCUGGUGCCAAGGUGGAGAACAACAAGUUCUGUUUGUCUGUCCACUUCAGAUGUGUGGAUGAAAAGAGUUGGAGUGGAUUGGCUGAAGAGGUGAUGGCUGUGCUCAAGGAGUACCCCAAAUUGCGGCUCACUCAAGGAAGAAAGGUCUUGGAGAUUAAACCAACUAUUAAAUGGGAUAAAGGGAAGGCCUUGGAGUUCUUGUUAGAGUCUCUUGGAUUUGCUGACUGCAAUGACGUGUUGCCUGUGUACAUCGGAGAUGAUCGCACCGAUGAAGACGCUUUCAAGGUCUUGUGUGAUAGGGGACAAGGCUUUGGUAUCCUUGUUUCCAAGUUCCCGAAGGAGACAAAUGCCUCUUAUUCUCUCCAAGAGCCCUCUGAGGUCAUGGACUUUUUACUUCGCCUAGUGGAGUGGAAGCGCCUCUCUUUGAAAGCUCGGCCGGGGGUGUAAAUAGGAUAAAAGGGUGUCCCACCACCCCUGUGAAAAAAAAGCCUGGACGUGUGGGAUUCUAUGAAAAAAAAAAAAAAGCUAAAUAUAACGUUUUGUACUUUAGCCUGCUCUUUCUUUCCCCUCUUUUUUGGGUCUUUUCGUGGGCUUGGAAGUUGGAAGCAAUGAGAGAUUAGCUUUCUUGCCCUUACACAAGAAGCUAAAACCUUGUAAUUACUUCAAGAAGAAAUAGCGAUUAUUUUCCUUCUAUAAA